AUGCUAGACCUCGCCUCCCGCCGCAAAAUCUGCGAAGAAACAAUCUCGCGCUCCGCCACCCUCGCCUCCUCCAUCCCCACCGGCACCCUCACCAGCACCUUUAUCCCCUCCCAACUGCCCCCGCUCCAAAAAUCCUCUCCUUCCUACCCGCACCACACUCUGGCACCCAUACAAAUUCUCAACAGCGACGCCUUCGCGCUAGCUCGGCUUUUCCAAACCACUCCCCCAUGUUCCUCCGCCCCGAAACUCGGCGUCUUGAACUUAGCCUCAGACCAGCAACCGGGGGGUGGAUGGCGCUACACGCUCUCCCGCACACAGGAAGAAGCACUAUGCUAUUCAUCCACACUGUAUGCCACGUUGCGCCCUGAAUGGUAUCCUUGGCCCAACACUGGCCCGGGAUCCUGCGCGGGUAUCGUGUCACCGGGCGUAGUCGUGUAUCGGGAUACGCUGGAUCACGACCUGGUGGAGUUGAAAGAGGAGGAGCGGUUCAGCGUUGUAGUUUUGACGGUUGCGGCGCCGAGGUUCCCGCGGGUGUCAGAGGAUGGGGGUGCGUUUGCGGAUGAAGCCGAAUUGCGGGAUUUGAGGGAGAAGAUUGUGCUUGUGCUGAGGAUGGCGGCGGGGGAGGGCGUGACGAGGUUGGUGCUUGGGGCGAUGGGGUGUGGGGCGUAUGGGUGUCCGCCAAGGGCUGUGGCGAGGGAGAUGAAGGAGGUUCUUGGGAGAGAGGAGUUUGAGGGGUGGUUUGAGGUUGUGGGCUUUGCAAUUUAUGCAGCGGGCGUGGCGGGGAGGAGGAAUCUUGAAGUUUUUAAGGAGGUGUUUGGGGUGGAGUGA